AUGAUUAACUUUGUUAAGAUGAUUUUCCGUACAAACAGCAAAACCUCUACUGGCAUGGGAGAAAAGCAACAGCAUACCCAGGAAAACAAUCAAGGCACCAAGGACCAAGCUUUAGCAAGAGGACAGCUCGCGAGACCAACGACAUGCCAAGCUGUUCUGGAUAUGGAUGAUGAGGCUGAGGAAUAUUCCUUUUGA